AUGAUAAAUCCUAAGGAACAGACUUCAAAAGAAGUCGAUGGAGCAAAAUAUUCAAGUCAUAAAUACAAAGAGCGAGGUCUUAAGAAGAAUAAACAAGAUACAAAUUAUGAAAAUUUCCUCGAUGGUCUCAAAAAGCUCCAGAUCAAUAUUCCGUUCAUUGAUGCGAUACUACAAAUUCCAAGCUACGCGAGAUUUUUAAAAGAGAUGUUGACAAAGAAAAGAAAGCUUCCAGAGUUUAAAACUGUGGCAUUAACUGAGAAAAGUAGUGCAAGAGUCAUGAGCAAAUUACCUCUUAAAUUGAAGGAUCCAAAGAGUGCUAGUAUCAAUCUAAUUUCGUAUUCUGUUUAUAGGAAAUUAGGACUAGGUAAAGUUAACUCAGCAUCAAUAACGCUACAACUAGCUGAUAAAACAAUCGUAUGGCCACAUGGAAAAGUUGAGGAUGUACUCGUAAAAGUAGGAAAUUUCAUAAUUUUUGUGGAUUUCAUUGUAUUGGAUAUACUAGGAGAUCGAGACAUUCCAGUUAUAUUGGGUCGACCAUUCUUAGCAACGGGACGAACCUUUUUUGAUAUGGAGAAGAGAGAACUAAUCUUGAGGAUGGAAAACAAGCAAGAGAUAUUCAAUAUUUGCACCCAAUAA